CUCACAAUCAAUGGCCCAUAGAAAGGCCCAACUAAGAGGCCCAAUAUUGUACGACUUGCCGUGCUGACGAAUGAUAGCACAGACAGAAAAUCGGAGAGUUACACGAUUCCACAGAUCAAUUUGUUCUCCAAUCUUCUUCUUUCUUCCCUCAAAUCCCCCAAAUGUUGAGAUGAAACCCUAAUAAAUUAUUCGAUCUCAGAAAAUAAACAGUUCGAUUUCAGUCUCUAAACUUCCAGUCCCGACUAAUCCGUAAGUUCAACCCCUAAAUUCUCACAUUCCACUCCCUAAUUUCUCCGAUCGGCGUUUCCGUUUUCAGUUUCCAUUUGUCAUCUGUUUUUUACGUUCAGUCCCGAUUGAUGAUUUUCUAAAGGUUUUUGGGUUGUGUGGAUUGAAUUCCUUUGUUGUAGGUCCGACGAGCAAUGGACGGGAACAAGGACGAUGCCUUGAAGUGCCUGAGGAUCGGCAAGGACGCGCUCGCAUCGGGGGAUAGAGCUCGCGCUGCGAAAUUCUUCUCCAAAGCUGGCCGUCUCGAUCCGAGUCUGCCCAUCGACGAUCUCAUGUCAGAGACGGAGAAGGAGUCGUCAUCGUCCGAUCGGAACGCUGGGAGCGCUAAUGGACCGACUAGUAAAGAAUCCAAACUUCGACAUCGGGCUGGGACGGCGGCGGGGUCUUCUGCCGAAGCUGCUGGUGCUUCAUCUUCUUCGUCCUCUGCGACGUACACUGAGGAGCAAGUUACGAUGGUAAGGCAAAUCAAUAAGAAGAAGGAUUAUUAUGAAAUUUUGGGAGUGGAGAAGAGUUGUAGUGUGGAGGAUGUUCGCAAGGCGUAUAGGAAGUUGUCACUGAAAGUGCAUCCUGAUAAGAACCAUGCACCGGGAGCUGAAGAAGCGUUUAAGGCAGUGUCCAAAGCGUUUCAGUGUCUGAGUAAUGAAGAGAGUAGGAGGAAGUAUGAUGUAACGGGAAGUGAAGAUCCUGUGGUUGAGCGACGGGCACCUAGGCGCCAUGGUGGGGGAGGUGUCUACAAUGGUUAUUAUGAAGAUUUUGAUGCUGACGAGAUUUUCAGGCAGUUUUUCUAUGGAGGAAUGUCUCCUGCCACUACCCAGUUCAGGACUUUCAACUUUGGUGGUGGGAUGGGUCCUAGAACUGGUGGUGAGAAUGGAUCUGGAUUCAAUGUCCGUGCAUUGAUUCAGCUGCUUCCUGUUCUUGUGAUUUUGCUAUUGAACUUCCUGCCUUCGUCGGAUCCAGUCUACUCUCUCUCUCGGUCAUAUCCUUAUGAGCAUAGGUACACCACUGAGAGAGGGGUCAACUUUUAUGUCAAGAGUAGUACCAGGUUUGAGCAGGAUUAUCCAGUUGAUAGUCAGAACAGGGUAAGGCUGGAAGCAAAUGUGGAGAGAGAAUAUGUAUCUCUCCUUUCCCAGAACUGUAGAUUCGAGUUACAAAGAAUGCAGUGGGGUUUUGUGAGGGAGACUCCUCACUGUGAAAUGUUGAAGCAGUAUCAGUCUGGGGCAUCAACUGCUGCUUGAUUCCAUUUAGAACUGAGGUGGAGUUCUGUGAUCUUAAUACUUCCAAUUUACAUAGUCAUUAUAUUUUUUUUGUCAUGACGAACCGUGCGUAUGAUGUACUAUUGUUGGCUUUCUUGACUCGAAUAAUUUGCUUGUUCCAAAGUUUUCACUGCUCUCUAUUAUAUCAGAAGCAUACAACCCUGUGAAUCAGUUCAUAUAGUACAAUCUGGUUGCCUCUGACGAGCUGAUAUACAUGUAUUUUACCAUGAUCACACGGCACAGUAGUCUGACUGGUUUAGUAGCUCUUUAUUCUAUAAAUGUUACUCUAGUUUAUUGUAUCUAGGUUGGUUCCUUCAGCCAUGCACUGAGGACGUCCCCUGUAAUAGGAUUAUGGAUCUUUGUGGAACCUUUUUUUGAACCCGUUCUUGAACGCCUUCAGCUUUGCCCUAUGUAUGAUGUUAGAAUAUUGUAGUCAGAACAUUUCAUCUUCUUCACUUUUGCAGAUGCAUAUUUGGGAGUGUUUGGUGAACCUUGUACUACAAGAUGAGCGAAGCUUUUGGUAUCUGGCUAUAGAGGAGCAUGUUAGGUUUAAUAUCGAGUUCUAGUCUCUGUUACUCGGUGAACAUAUCUUCUUAUCUAUGUCAAGUAGAGGGUUUCUUUGUAGCUAUAGUUCCAUACUUAAGUUACUGGUUGUGAUACUUCCUCGGCAGCCGUGGCAUCGAGAUUACACCUUUCUUUUUACGCUCAAGGAUCCACUCUGCACCAUUCGCCUCAUUUGUAUAGUAAUCUAUUUCUGCAGUUAUUUUACGUCAGAUCAGAAACUAUUGGAAUGCUAGAGCCUAUGAACAACUUAAUAAGCUUGUUUACUUCCAAAACCGUGUUUGGUUUGGGUAUUAAUCCUGCUGUUUACUGUUCUAUUCUGCUCCUAAGUUUAUCAUUAGUCCUAACGUCCGGCAGCAUUAUUUCGUGGUGUUGAUGUGGAGUGAGCAUGGUGUCUACUAGUGACCAUUUUCUAAAGUUCUAGGGAUUGCAGCGUAGCUAGUUAUGGUCCAAUUUUAUUCCAUUUAACCUUUCUGGAUUUUUUUUUUUUUUUUUUUUGUAGAACCUUUCUGGAAAUUCAAAUCCGAACCUUCUACCCAUAAUCAGCCAUAGGAAAUAUUUGCGCCCAUUGCCCGAUAAGAAUCUGCAUCACAAUGAACUAUUAGCCAUUGA